AUGUCGCAUUUGAUCACUCGUCGUCGGAGUGUGUCCAAUACGGCCCCUGCAUUAUCAGCAUCUAUUGCUCCAAGAUUGAGUGCUCCAUUGAUUGGGGAGCCUACACCCCUCAGUGCACGGCGGUCUCACCGGCGCCGCCGCGAGCCGGAGCCUUAUGAUCACUCUUCCUCGUCCUCUAGAGUCGAGGGUGGGGACUCCCAACCAGCUAAAAAAAACACCAGGGGGCCCAAUCGAAUGCUGAAGGAGGCACAUGUUGUACGUUUGUCCGCCUCCUUGAUCAAGAUUGCGUAUGACUCGCGACAUCGUGGAGCGGCUACCUCACAGCAGCAUAGCAGCGUCGUUAAUAGCUGUGGUUUUGUUAUUCGGUAUUGUUGUCCUAUGCAGUGGACGAGUUGGGCACAAAUUCCUGAGGAGACGAAGGAACUGGUGCGAGACAAGUUGACGGUCAAUUUUGAUCUUAAGGACAUAUCCCCUGAGGUCAGUGCCUACUUAGAGGAGACCUUAGCAAACCGGUACAAAGAUUGGAAGUGCGCUCUUCACAAGCAUUUUCAGCUAUGGGAUGAUCCGGAGAUUUCUCGUCUACAGGGUUACCCAGCUGAGUUGAAGGACCGGCUGGAGAAUUGGGAGUGGCUCUGCAAACAUUUUACGGACCCAAAAUUUGUAAAGAAAUCUCUUGCUGGCAAGAAAGCUCGGGACUCAAAGACACUUCUCCACCAUUUCGGUUCGAAGCCUUUUCCUAUAGGCUUGAGGCACGACGUCAGGUAA